GAGCAAAAGUAUUGCCUUUGUUUAAGAAAAUUGAUCUAGCAUAUCAUAGAUUCAUCAGUCUAAAAACAGUCAGAAAGAAGUCAGUCAAUUGUGUGUCCGUGAUUAUUGAUAUUGAUAGGAGUAAGGUUAUUUAAAGCAUUGUUGUUUUUAUCAUUGUUAUACAAGUGUUAAGUUGUAUUGUGUUAGCAAGAAAAUAUUUGACAUCAGAAUGUCAACAUGUAGAGAAAAGGUACAAUAUUUUACUAUUUUUUUAAUCUUCAGUUAUUAAAUUGAAUUAGUGUUUAUCAUUUGUACACGAAGUUAACAAACAUUAAUCAAAUGUAAUUUAAUAAGAAUUAUUCCUUGUAAAGUCACAGUGUAAACAUUUUAAAGGAUAUUGAAAAACAAAUGACAGUGAAAUGGAACAGCUAAAGUGAAACUGAAUUCUCGAUAUCAUAACGGUGACGUUUUAUUUCGGCAAAUGAGAAACAGUAAGGUUAUUUAAAGCAUUGUUGUUUUUAAAGAAAUUGGAUAUUGAUGCAGGUAUGUUCGCAGUCAUGAAGAAACAGUUAUCCUGAAUUUAAUUUACUGAAAACAGCAAAGAUGAAAGCUGGCAUCUAUGCAAUCAUGUGGUUAUGUGACUCACAUACUGUGAUAAUUAUAUUGUCGAUACUGAAAACAGUUGUAUCAUACUGUCCUGACACGAACCACUGGAGUGUAUGGUGGACCUAUGAAGGAUCAAAUUCAGGACCUUCAGUUUGGGGAGCUAGAAAUAAAGAUUGGGCAAUAUGUAAAACAGGGAAGAAUCAAUCUCCGAUCGAUAUUCUUCCAAAUUCCUUACUUUACGAUCCACAGUUACAACCUUUAAAAAUAGAAACAGCAUCGGUCAAUGGUGUCCUAAGAAACAACAAAAAGGAUUUAACAUUUUUGAUUUCAAAUAAGUUUGAACCUGCCGUUAAUAUAACAUCAGGACCAUUGUCAUACACAUACAAACUUUAUCAAAUAAAGUUGCAUUAUGGGAGAUUAAAUACAACAGGAUCUGAACAUCGGAUAGAUGGGAAAUCGUUCUCAGGCGAGUUGCAGUUUAUGGCGUAUAAUUCAGAACUUUAUGCAAACCAUUCUGAGGCCCAAAAGAAUCCACGAGGCAUAGCGAUUAUAGCAGUAUUUCUUUCCAUUGGUGAUACAGGAAAUUCUGCAUUUGAAAUGUUUCGGCAAAAAUUUGUAUUGAUAACAUCAACAGACACUUGUACAGAUUUGCAUGGUUUACCUAUCGACAAGUUGUUGCCAAGAACAGAUCAGUAUAUGACCUAUAGUGGAUCAUUGACACAGCCUGGUUGUAAAGAAACUGUGACGUGGAUACUGUUAAAUAAACCUAUAUAUAUCUCAUAUAAGCAAAUGGAGGAUUUAAGAGAGACACCUUAUCAAGAAUGGAUGAAUUCUAAUGCAAGACCUGUGAUGCCUUUAAAUCAUAGGACCGUCCGAACAAAUAUAAACUUCCGUAAAACGACGCGGCUAUGCAGUAUGAAGAUUUCCAAGAAAUAUGAAGCAAACCCAGAAGUGGGACAAAGAUAGUAUAUAACAAAACCAUAAGUAAAAAACAAAUACUUCUUCACAGACAAUAAAUCGUGUAUUUAAUAUAGAGCUCCGUACAGUAGCGCUUAUAUUUUUAAAGGCGAUUAACAUGACCUAAAACAAACCAGACCAGACCAAGGAAUGAUGAUAUUCACAACUCCCGGAGAUAAGCUGAAGUUGGCAUGUUCAACAACAAUUCGUUCUGAUUGGUUAUAAUGUAGGAAUGUGUGUACCGCAAAGCUUGCAUAAUUAUGGUCGUAUCAAAAAGAAUGAUGAUCGUGAACAUUAACCAUGUUAUGUUAUGAAUAUUACACCAUCAUUGAUGAAUCUUGAUAACGUUGUACCAACGUUAACACUAUGAUAACAAUAAAACUAUUUGUAUCUAAAUGUAAGGCAAAUAAUUAUCAGAGAUUGUAAUGACAUAUAUAAUGUUGAUGUGUUGAUAUUACAUAUAUCGCACGGUAUAUUGCUGUAGUGUAUACAUAUUACAUAUUGGACAUGGAUCGCGUAGUACUAGUAUAUAGAUAUUGAAUUGUAUCAAUAGACUAUUCAUUGGGACCAUACAAGUAUUUGUUUCGAUUAGUUGUGAUAUGGCCUAAAGUUUGGAGAAGAUAAAUGAUUCAAUAGUGAUAAGGUAUUAAGGAAGUAUUACUUAAAUGUAUGUAGCUGCAGCAGAAUGUAAAACUGUAGAUGAGUCAGCGAAAAAAAUGUUAACAAAAUAGUUGCCUUUUUGUGUAUUAGUGUGUAACUAGUAGAAUAAUAGAUUGUGUUACUAUAUAAAAUGUACGACAUAAUAUAUGAUUCUGUUUUGCUCGUUGGUAUGUAUGAUAAUCCAUGAACUCUUGUAUUGCUAAAACAAAGCUGUUAUAAUAAAUUUUAUGAUUUUGUGUCAAACCUUGACCAUGCCUCUAGAUAGAGUCAACAGAUUC